AUGAGGGUAUCGGUAGGACAGGAGACAGCAAGAGAAAGAUUCGCCGAUGCGAAGCCGCUCUCUGCAUAUGCAGGCAGACACACCACACGGUGGAAAGGCAGUCUGAACUUUGAAGUUACUGUUGCAGUAAUACUGCUUGGAAUUGGAUGCCCCCUAAUGGCACUUGUCAAUCCCGUCCGAUGUUUGAGCCCCAGAAAGCCCAUGCGGCACACAGAUGAUGACAGCAAGCAACACGGCACGGGGGCCGUUGCUGUGCAGAGGGCACCUUUCCCCGAGAUACUCCGUGACAAAAAUGGCACAGAGACGCCGCCCCCAUAUGAGAACUCCAACGGGUAUGUUUCACUCCUUCUGGACGACGGGCUGGCUUUGGAACGCAAGGCCCGUAAGGCGUUGAAGCAGGUAAAGUGCUGUGAUGCUCCGGUCGAUCCCGCCAUUGAACGAACCUCUCAGCGCGUCAUCGUUUACCGACUGCAGGCCAACAUCUUUGAGUGUCGCGCGUUUGAUGCGGCCAUUGAGACGAUGGAUUCUCUCACUUCAUCUGAACACGCCCGGCUCUUGGCUUAUCACUGGACGAACGUCUGUUUGUCCAGAGAGGAUCAGUCGAGAGACCAGACGGGAAUAGUAGGGACGAACAUCAGAAACCAAGAAUGGUCCGAAGGGUUGAAGAGACAGUUCAGCCUCGCUGGGAUCAGGGGACUAGAUUCAUCUCAUCCUCUUCGCAGUAUGCGUGUAGAAUCCAAGCACAUCCGGGCCAUACUUGUAGUAGAAGGCUGUUGGGCACCUGGAUGCUUUAUCCAUCAGUCCGCUGUGUUUAUGGGGGCGAGAGGUGCAGCAAACAGCACUAAAGCCAAUGAGGAAGAAGGAGAAAAGAUAGGGAAUGGAAUGCAAGGAAUAGGGACGGGAACGGGAGCGAAAGAAAAGGCGACGAAGAAGAGAAACAAUGGACAAUGGGAAAGUGAGCCGAGGGAUCUACCUAGGCCCAAGAGACGCGACCGGGAUCAUGACCGACAAGGAAAGUUCGGUCCCAAGAUAUUCAAUUGCCUUCAAGUUGGAAUUCAUCACACGAUGACAAUUCAAGUCACAAACAUUGUGACUGCCAUUGGGCACACUUCUUACUGGCUCUCAAAGUACGUAUGGCUUGCCGACGUCCGCACCUUACGACGUCUUUUACCUUGCUCCGUACGCGCAAAUAUCCCGUCAAACUGCUCCAGCCUCCAACCGCUAGAGGCACGCGCUAGGAAGCAAGCGAGAGACAAGCGAGAGGUGCAAUGGAAGAAGAAAAAACGGGCAGCCCGCCUUGUUGCAUUCGCGGUGUCGGUGGUUGGCAAUGGCACCUCAGCAGCAUCGAAUGACUUAGGCAUCGUGCACUCCGCGCCAGAGGCCAAUAGAUCCAGUUUCUUCCAAUACUUCUCCUCCACCCGCCGUGUCGACCCUGGCUUCUUCAUCGACACUACUCAGGACCGCUGCGCCAGUGCCGAUGCUGCACAGCUGAACGAUGAUGGCGCAGCAUCAGGCCCAGCAGCGCGGGGGCCAGAGGAACGACUACAGCCGCGAAUAAACUGGCCAGAUCAAGAGAUUUCACCAGAGCCUACUCGGACGACUGCUCACCGAUACGCCACGGGGCGGCCCAGCGUUUCGAAACAAGAGCAGAGAGAGAGAGAAGCAGGCAAUCCCGUGGGCCGCGGAGGUGGUGGUAGCAGCAGCUACUGCAGCACAUUUCACAGCACUGCACCAAUACCUGUACUGAAGUGCCAGGCUGCGUGCCUAGAGGUUGUUCCUGGUCCCAGACUCCUGCGUCUGUUCGCGAUGAAUAGGGGCCUCUUCUUCCUCUCCCAUGGAGGAACGGGUGCGUUUUCGCCUCACCACGACCUGGCACUUACUGUCUGUACAGUGCAAAAGACGCCCAGUGACCCUUCUUCUCUCCGCCGUCGCCCUUUGCUCAGGCACCCGCAGUCCCGCCCAAAUGCAUGGCAGGGAUCACCCAGUGAGCCUCGGAGACCAUGA